AUGCCUAAAAAGAGAUCUAAUUGGAGUUCCUUACUUCAGCCUUUUUCAAUCCAAAUUUGGUUAAUGAUAUUUGUGACUUCAUUAAUAUUUGGUUUUGUGGUACAUAAAAUCAUAAAUUUAGAACAUGUUGAAUUAUUCUCAUUGUUACGAAGAAAUUUUUUCUGGUAUCUCUUUGGAACUUUUGUUUAUCAAGGCGGAGAUAUAAGUUAUGUUCGAAGACUUCGAUCAAGAUUUUUAAUUGCAAUUUGGUUAAUCUCGAUUAUAGUUCUGGUUUGUAGUUACACUGCAACAUUAACAUCGAAUAUGAGCUCUCCUGUUAUCGAAUCCUUACCGACUACUACCGAAGAAUUAGCAAUUGCUAUUCAAAACGGAGAAUAUUCUUGUGGAACUGUAUAUAAGAGUCUUAUAAAUAAAGAUUUAAUGUUAUCUCCUGUAUCAAGCAUUAGAAUAAUAGGAGAACACAUCCAAAAGAAUAAACAUUUUUUUGAUGAAGAUAUAUCAUGGAAGAAAACAACAACCAGUCAUUUCGCUUUGAUUUCCACUUCGAAAGCAAUCAAGAAAUUGUAUGGCAUUCACGGAACUAAUAAAUUUCGUGUUUCUAAGGAUUCAUUAUUAAAAUAUGAUUUAGCUUAUGCUUUCAGAAAAGAUUUCCCGCAUAGGAAACAAUUCAGUAAAAUAAUAACUAGAUUAUUUGAUGCCGGUAUCAUCGAUAAACCUAAUUCUAACAAUCAAGAAGAUUACAGAAAAGAAAAGUCUGAUGUAGAACCAUUAAUGCUGAAUGACGUCGCUAGUCCAUUUGCACUUUUAUUUAUAGGAUAUUUUCUCUCAUUUUGUUGUUUUAUUGUCGAAAUUUUUGUUGGAAAAAUCAAACCGACUAAUAACGUGGGUAAAGAAAAUGUUUGA